AUGGCCAACAGAUUCACGGCCGUUUGGGCCGACAAUUUUGCACAGGAAAUCGCCGCCGUCGAUCGCUUUCUCACCCACUUCCCCAUCGUCUCCUUCGACGCGGAGUUUCCCGGAUUUCUCCGCAACACGCCCAGAAGUGCUUCCGACGCUCUCCGCUACCAAGAUCUCCGCUUUAACGUCGAUUCCCUCAAACUCAUCCAAUUGGGUAUCACCCUCUUCGACGAUCUCGGCAACAUCGGGGGCACCUGGGAGUUCAAUUUCCGGGGUUUUGACGAGGAAACCGACCCGCACGUCGCCGAUUCCAUCACCCUUCUCAAAGCCAACGGCUUGGAUCUCGAGAAAUUCCGGAAAUUCGGAAUCGACCCGGAGGUUUUCGAGGAGGGUUUUGCCGAGGUUUUGCGGAUGCACAGAGGGCGCCUCUUAUGGGUGAGCUUCCACGGCCUCUAUGACUCGGCCUAUGUGAUGAAGUUCAUGACCCGGAAGGCCAUGCCGAGCUCACCUACCGAGUUCGCCGCGAUGGCGGGAAAUCUAUUUGAGAGGGUGUGUGACCUGAAAUUUAUGGCCAAAUUUUACCAGGGCCUGCUUGGGGGCGAAAUUGGGCUCGAGAGGAUGGCGAAAAUCCUCCGAGUGCAGCGUUACGGCGAUGCCCACCAAGCGGGUUCCGAUAGUUUGUUAACGGCUGAUGCAUUUGUGAGGAUGAGGGCUCAAUUUGUGUUGAAGCCAGGGAUGUAUGAGGGGUUUCUAUAUGGGUUAAGUCCAAAGAUUUGUGCUUCUUCUGUACACAGGGUUAGAGCUCCUCCUGGUCAGGUUAUCCUUGUCCCUGUUGUACCCACUAGACCUGUCAUUCUCGUCCGCCACUCCUCCUCCUCCCGUGAUCAGUCCUUCCAGAGCCAUCACCAGGCUUCGCCUAUGCUCUAUCCUUAUCCUUCUCCAGCUCCGAUGCUUAUGCAUAGGCCGAUGUGCAUUCCUUUUCAUGCCUUGCCUCAAGCCCCUCCCCACUAUCAGAUUCAAAUGUGA